AUGAAACACAGUCCCUGGCUCUUUGGUCCAAAGCGAUGGUUUCUCAGUAGUUCAGACCAAGACACACCUGAAACAGAUGAAUCUGUUCCACUGGAGUAUGAUCUCAUAGAAUCCGAGAUUGAUAAGGAGAUUAGACCAGCCGUGACAGUUAAAAAGCUACACAUUGGAGAUUCUCUCAUGGGAACUAAACGACUAGUCAACUACUCAACGUGGAAUAGUUUGGUUUCAGGGAUCGCAAAGUUGAAACAUAUCGCCAGAUGUUGGAGUGGAACAGCACCAUGCAGAGGUUGGCACAUCUGCAGCAAGGCAAAUAAUGUUGACCUAUAUACUGAAACCGAGAAACAUAUCAUCAGAGAGGUCCAGAGAGAAGUGUUUGGAGAAGAAAUCAGAUGCAUCACAGAAGGUCGAGAACUUAACAAGAACAAUUCACUAAUGAAAUUGAACCCUUUCAUAGACUGUGAUGGUAUUCUGCGUGUAGGAGGCCGAUUAAAACAUUCCGAAUUGAACGUCAAUGAGAGAAACCCCAUCGUUAUUCCUGAUGAGUUCUCCACACUGACUGAUGACGAGGUGUCCGUGUUAUUAUGUUUUCUGUUUUCUUACUCCGGUCCUCCUGACUUCACUGACACAGAGUGGCUGGACUUGCUUAAUGCGAUACUACGAAGAUUUUACCGUGGAGAUAAUCCUGUAACACGUGCACGUGAGGAAGCACAGCAGACUCUGGACAGACUGAAGGCACGUGAUUAUCUUUGGGAAGAUCAGGACAAGAUAACGAACGACACAAAGGAUGAGACAAUGUAUAAGAUAGCAUCAAUAGACCGUGAUUUACCAUUCCUUUGCAGUAGUUAUGACACAGCCAGUGUGUACCUGAGAUCAGAGGGAUACUACAGAAAACCUGGAGAGAAGUGUGUCAUUAGUCCUGGCAGGGAUCACUUACUGAUACGCCGUCUACAGAUGAACAUACUGACUCACGUCACCAUGGAGGACACACGUAUAUAUGAUAAGAUAUACCGGAUAUUGAAUGUUUCAGAUAACAUACUAAGGAAAAGUGAAGAUCAACGGAUGGAAUUUCUAACGGAUCUAAGAAGAGAAGGGGAGGCUGUACAUUACAGAGGAAGAUCACAGGACAGUGUAGAUCACGUGACGUGGCUGUUGAAUUACGGGUUUGGAGCGAGACCUGACAUCGUGAGAUCCUGUAUAGGUCUACAUCCACACAACGAUAUCUACAUCAUAGACAACAAAGCUUACAGAAAAACCAGGUGUGCGUCCCUCACGCCCCCGUAA